UAGAUUUUUAAAUUUUAAAUUUUCUCUCGAUUCUGUUCAUGAUCAUGAUCAAUGCGUCUGUGAAUGCGGUGCUAAACUGGAAAGCGCUACUGGGAUGCUGAGUCGCUUUAAGGUUUAUUUUUGCAGGUCCCCCUCGGUUCAGGUCUUUGGAACUUGGAAGCUCACUGAGGGGGUUUUUCGAUGACAUUGACACAGCAAUUUGAAUCAUAUGAGCAAGCCCCGGGGUUGCGAACGGAAACCGUGUCAUCGACGCCUCCCUGCCACCUGAAUCUGAAAUCCCGUUCCUUUGGCUAGACUAUUAGGGGCUAUCUGACUCGGACGAGCUUGGACGACACGGACAGUCGUUAAACUUAUUUUAAAUUUGUUCCGCUGCACACUCAGCGAUGUCAUUAUAUGAGUCUUGUCCAGCAUAUUUUUCUUCCUGCUUUGCUUUUAGCUUUCUUUUGGGGGAUGACGAUGGUCCUCGCGCACGCUGCUGCUGCUGCUGCUGCGCUCCGGUACAAACUUGAAGCUUGAACGCGGAGGGAGUACUAGUACAGGGCCCGGGUGUGUUACGAUUCAAUUCAACAGUUCUCAGCUCUCGAUCCUGUCGGAGCAACAGAUGGGCUAUCGAGAAUGAUUACGGUCGCCAUGAUUGUUAUUGUCGUUGCUUUAUCGAAAGUCUGGAUCUAUCGCAGAAUAAUCUCGCCAAACGUCACUGGCAUAAGCGUGCGUGUGACAUGGACACACACACCAUGUUGGACUCGGAUGCGGAGGCGAUUCAGAUACGGGACGAGGCCCAGCAAGUCUUUUUUCUCGCUCUCGUUCUCGUUCUCGUUCUCUCCCUCCCAUCCUCGUCUGGGGCUGUCCGACGAGCUUGGAGAUGGUCAUGAGGUAUGCGGUAGAUACCGGAUUCGAAUUCGAGGGCCCGGGCCCAUCGAGCGAGGAGGAGGGGGAGGAACGGCGGGAGUCUGUGCUGAUAGCGGCGUAUUUUGGACCUGAGGAUGGUUCGGAAGAUUUGUACUGUGAUUCUGAGGGAUCAGACUUGGAGGGUUGGUGCUCUGAUCGUCAAGGUUCUUCGAACGGUCCCUAUGUCGAUUCAAAGGAUGAGGAGGAGGAGGAGGAGGAGGUAAGGGAUGAAGGCCACGGAGAUAGAUCUCUCCUGGCUGACGCGCACGUCCAAGACCACAUCAAUGCCCUAUUGCAGCGCGACAUGGACGUCUCCCUCAAACCCUUCUCAGGAUUCAACCUGACCAUAUGCUACGACAGGGGAGAGCACAUGCAGAUGUUGCGUUUGUAUACGAACUAUGACAAGCCCGAACACCGUGGUAUGCGGCUGUCUGAUAGUGUGAGGGAGGCAUGUGAGGGGGUGGCGACGGGUAGGCGGAUGCGAGUUCGUGGUGUUGGGAGUGGGCGUAUGCGGAUUGUCAGUGGAUGUCGGGAUUCGGCUUGAGGACCUUGUUUGAUAGCUUCAUUUGUAAACUCUGACAUGUGAAAAGUCCGGGGAAGACUUGUCGUAUGAUUUCAAACCCUGUAUUUUGUACCCCUGGAAUGUAAAACUCAUGUUCAGAUA